AUGGGGUUGAUUGCCAGUGCAGGUCUCGGAAUAACUGGAGCUCGAAAUGUACUAGGCUACAAUAAUACUCGACUUAUGAUUGGUUUAAAACAUGAGAAAUAUUAUCUUGUGGAGUCGCAGUCAAAAAUUUCGGACGAUAAUCGUAAUAGGCAUGCAUACGUACAUACAUACAUCAUGAACUAUCAUUCGCUCAUGCGUUCUGCUACAUGUGAAGACGACGUAGUACAUACUCGUGUCACCAUUUGA